GGCGGAGCUGGCCGCCCUGCUCCCGGCUGGCGAGUCCCCCAGUCCCUCGCACUCGCAGGGAGCAGCUCGCCCGAGCAGCAUGGAGAACGGCUCGGCCGGCGGCAGCCUGCCCAGCCCGCAGGACUCCCCCUUCGGCUGCCCCAUCUGCCUGGACACCCUGAAGGACCCGGUCACCAUCCCCUGCGGCCACAACUUCUGUCUGGGCUGCCUGGGGGCGCACAGACACCGCCCGGGGGCCGGGGCGGGCGGCGGGCAGGGCGCCCCCCGCUGCCCGCUGUGUCAGGAGCCCUUCCCGGCCGACCUCCAGCUCCGCAAGAACCACACGCUGUGCGAGCUACUCCAGCUCCGCCAGCCGCCGCCCAGCGCCCGCAGCCCCAUGGCCCCGCCGGCGCCCCCGGAGGAGGAGGGCCCCGGCCCGUCGGAGCCCGGCGGCGCCCCCCAGCGACAGGAGCCGGAGGCGGCGCAGGAGGAGGGGGUGCUGUGCGAUGUCUGCCCCGAGGGCGAGCGGGCCACGGCGGCCCAGUCCUGCCUGGUAUGCCUGGCCUCCUUCUGCCCGCCCCACCUGCAGCCCCACCUGCGGAGCCCGGCCUUCCAGGGCCACCGCCUGGUGCCCCCGCUGCGCCGCAUCGAGGACAGCCUAUGCAAGCUGCACCUCCGGCCGCUGGAGAGCUUCUGCCGCACCGACCAGGCCUGCAUCUGCCAGCUGUGCCAGGGCCAGGAGCACCGGAGCCACGAGGUGGUGGCGGUGGAGGUGGAGCGGGAGCACAAGGAGGCCCAGCGACCCAAAAUCCUGAGCUGCGUGGAGAACCAGCUGGACGAGCUGGGAGUCACCGUCGCGCAGACCAGAAAGACCGUGGAGCUCAUCAAAAGCGCCGCCCUGAAGGAGAAGGAAAAGGUCAGCAGGCUCUUUGAUGAAGCAUCCAGAGCUCUGGUGACCUUCCAGAAAGAGGUGACUGGCUUCAUCGAGGAUGGCGAGCGAUCCAUGCUGCUUGAGGCUGAAGCAGAUCUCCGGCAGAAGGAGGAGAAGCGUGCCAAGCUGGCUCAGUGCAGGCAGAACCUGGAGAGGGUUCCGAGCACGGAUACCAUUUACUUCCUACAGGAGUUCCAGACCUUAAAAAUAGCAGCUGAGGAAAAGAGUUCCCUAUGUCCAAGCUUCCAGAAGGAACUGAGCUUCACCAAGUCCAGCCAGGCUGUGUGUGCCGUGAAGGAGCUGCUGGUGACUGCAUGCAAGAACCAGUGGGACCAAUUGCUGGGGAAGGGGUAUGAAGAGUCUGGUUUCCAUGGGAUGCAAGAAGCAGUCGCUGAGCCCCAACCUUCGGACAAAUCAAACAAUCCAGCCUGCUUGGAGACAAGAGACUAUUUCCUGAAAUUUGCCUUCAUCAUCGAUUUGGACAGCGAUACCGCGGACAAGUUCCUCCAGAUGUUUGGAACCAAAGGGGCCAAACGAGUAUUGACCCCCAUCGGCUACCCCGAGAGCCCAACCAGGUUCAUCAACUGCGAGCAGGUGCUGGGCGAGAACCUGAUGAACCGAGGCAACUACUACUGGGAGGUGGAAAUCAUCGACGGCUGGGUGAGCAUCGGCGUCAUUGCCGAGGGCUUCAACCCGCGGGAGUCCUACGACAGAGGCCGCCUGGGGAGGAAUGAGAAAUCCUGCUGCCUGCAGUGGAAUGGACAGAACUACGUGGCCUGGUUUGGUGGCUUCGAAUCCGUUAUCCAGCAGCCCUUCUUUCACACGAUCGGGGUGUACCUGGAGUAUUCAGAAAAGGCACUGACCUUCUACGGGGUCAGGGACACCAAGAUGACGUGUCUCCAACAGCUCAAGGUUGCUCGCUUCAAAAAAGGCCAAUUUGACUCCUUCCAGAAUAAGAUCAACCACCAGUUCCCAUCGCUGUUUGCUUAUAACCUCAAACCAGCUUUUUUCCUUGAAAGCGUAGAUGCCCAUAUGCAGAUUGGGCCGUUGAAGAAAGAUUGUGUUUCAGUGUUAAAGCGGAGGUAACUUGCAGAGAAGACCCAGGAGUCUCUCUUGUAAUUGUUUACCAGCACCGUGGCUUAUAUAGUUUUCUGUCUGGAAUAGCCCUGCCAACCCACUCUAGCCCUGUGCUGUUUGUAACCCAGGAGUUAACAAACAGAAGUCGCCUCUUAGCGGAUAGAACCCUGGACUGGGACUCAGGAGACCUGGGUUCUGUUUCUGGCUCUGCCAUUGGGUGACCGUGGGUAAGUCACGUCACCGCUCUGUGCCUCAUUUUUCCCGUCUGUAAAAUGGGAGUAAUUAUACUAACCUGCUUUGUAAAGUGCUUUGAGAUCUACUGAGGAAAAGCAAUAGAUAAGAGCUAGCUAUUAUUAUUAUCUUUAAAAACCGGGCAUUUUAUGAUGGCCUAUCCCUGCCAGCCCUCCGUU